AUGCCUCAGCCCUGGCAUCUGGUUCGCGGCUCGCGCCAUCUUGAAAUCUUGUCAAUCAUUUCAUUAUCGGGCCGCCGAAAAUUGACGCAAGCCGCUCCCUGCGCCUUCGGAAUACCCACCGAUUCCACACACCUGUUUGUUUUACGCUUGGGAGGGGCCCAUCAGAGCGGCAAAGGAGGGUCAAAGGACUCGAGGAGGCAGCUUGUGGUCCAGAACGCAAACAUCCAACUAGGAAUUGUUUACCCCCCAACCUUUGGAGCUUCCUCGAAGGCUCCUCACAUCAUCAUCAACAGCAACAACAUCAACACCGCCAAAAGGCAUUAUACACACCACCAAGCCAUGCAGUCGGUCCACAUCAAGCACGGCUCAAUCCGACAGGGCAAGUUUGACAUUUACUGGAGCAAGGACAAUGAGUGGGCCAUCAUCGACGAGGAGGAGGAGGAGAACGAGCGCAGGCUGAAGGAGCUUCAUCGCCUGAGCACGCGAUACUGGAGCGCUGGUCUCUUGGUUGUCCUAGUACCCGCUAUGUGCGGUCUACUUUGGUGCUGCCGAUUCAGAAGACGCCUCUAA